AUGGAUGAGGAUAUAGAUAUUGACACCGUUUUAUCCAAUCGACUGGAAGAAAGUAAACAAAAAUAUCCUAAACGUUUUCCAAGAUCGAUUUAUGCACUUAAAGCUGUUCAUAAUAAUGUACCAAAUGAGUGGAAAGAACGGUUGCUACAAGCAAGAAACACAGGCAAUGGACAACGUGUUAUACUAAUUCCUUAUAAUAUGAAAAGUAAUCAUUGGGCUGGAAUCAUCUUCAAGUUUCAAACAGACAAAGAGAUUGAAUCGGCUCAAUUCAUGGAUCCAGUCGAAUAUUCUGAUUUCUUUCCCGAAACAUUACAAAAUGAAUUCUCUGAAAUUUACCUAGAUGCUGCUUUACGUUGGACUUUUGUUGAAAAACAUCAUGAUCCAAGACAAAGUGCAAAUUUAACUAUUGAAAAUUUAUUAAAAGCGGCCGAUGAAGCUCAACUUACAGAUGAACAAGAGACAGGUAUAAGUCGUUCAUACGAGCAAAAAUCUGACGUUCGAAAUGCAGCUAGUUCUUUGAUUGACAAAGAUCGAAAUUUUUCAACAUCAACUAUGUCUCCAAAUCAAAAACAUAUAUCGAACAGAGAAUCUGAACCGUCAGAAAUCCCGAAUACACCUAAAGUAUCAAUGAAAUCACCCGAAACAUACCAAUCAAGUCCACAGUAUCAUCAACAGGAUAGAAAUAACAUUAAUACAUGUUCAAUCAAUGUAAAAGAUAAAAAUUGGUCAGCUGCUCUGACAACGAUGAAAAAAUUAUUCAAGCAGCUUAGUCCAUUAAAUAUGCAAGAAUUAUUUAGGCUUAUUGAGAAAGUUGAUGAUGCAGCACAUUUAAUAAAAAACAAAAAUAUUAUUCUUUUCUUGGGAGAAACUGGAUCAGGUAAAUCAACAACUAUUCAUUUUCUUGCGGGCUCUCAAAUGCAACGUGUAAUAUUGAAUGGAUUGAAUCACAUUAGUCCCAUUAAUAUAAAAAAUUCUGAUCUAAAAAAAGUAACAACAUCACCAUCUGCUCGAUCUGAAACUCGAUAUAUAACUACUGUUACAGUAAAUUUCAAAGAUGUUGACGGAUAUACUGAUGGUGAUAUCAUUCUAUGUGAUACCCCAGGAUUUGAAGAUACGAAUGGACCAGAAAUUGAUAUAGCAAAUGGUAUUGCUGUUGUUAGAGCAGUAAAAGGAUGUAAAAGUGUAAAACCAGUUGUAUUAAUUAGUUAUAAGAGUAUUGGUGAUAGAUGUCGUGGUGUAAAAGAAUUAGCUCAUGUUUUAGUCGGGCUAAUUCCAGGAAUUAAAGAUAAUAUUAAAGCUUUUUCCUAUAUAUUUACGAAAUUUCCAGAAGAUGAGAAAAAAACAAUUCAUGCAUUAUUAAAAGAUAUCAACAAUCAAUUGAACGAAGAAGAAAAAUCAAAUGUUAGUUUUAUAAGUUUUUUAAAAGAUAUGUUAAAGAAAACAAGCAAAUCAGUACGAGUAUUAGAUCCAAUCAGUGAUCAGCCUGGAGAGAUUCUUGAUGAACUUGCAGAAUCUGCUUCUAUUUCUUCUCCAGAUGAAGUUUUUCAAUUUUAUAUUACAGAAAAAUCAAAAACUACUGUACAGGAACAAGUAAGAAAACAUCAAUUAAGUAUUAUGUCAGCAACUAAACGUUCUGAAUAUCCCUUUUUACAAUAUAAACUUGCUCAAUUGAAACAAUUAAAUAAUUUCCUUGAACAAGAUUAUAUUGGACAAAUCUAUGAUGAUUGUGUUCGACAUAUAAGCAAACAUCUCUCGGAGGAAUAUCAAAAUGGUAUUGCCAUAUUAAAUCGUUGUUUAAACAAUCAAACCGUUAUAAGCAUUAACGAUAUUGAACAAUAUCAAAAAUGUAUUGCUCAUGCUAAAGAUGCAGAUCAAAUAAGGAAUGACUAUUUAGAAAAAGAAGUUGUUCAUAGUAGUGCAUUUUUUGUAUAUCUAGAUCAACAAGUAGACAUCAUACUUAAAUCUUUAGAAGAAAAAGAUAUUGAUGAUUCAUCAGCAAAAAUUUGUUUAGAUAAAAUAAAAGUUCUUUCUAUAUAUUUUUCAAAUAUCAAUGAUAAAUAUAAAGAUGUUCGUCGAAUUUUUUCUGAAAAGUAUGAUUUAAUAGUUAAAUCAUACAAAAAUUCCGUACUCGAGAAAAAUUUUCCUAACGUUGCUAGAGAUAUAACAAAAUUAUAUGAUGCAAGUACUAUAUUAGAACAGCAUUUAAAUCAUGAAUACAUGACAACAAAAUAUAGAGAAUUAAAAAAAUAUUUUCUUGACAUAUUAAAUGAUUCAGUUUCAAAACUAAAUUAUAUACUUUCUCAAGAAAAAUAUGGAAAUGAGACUAUAGAAAAUUUAAAAGAAUUUGUACGUAUGUUUGAAACAGUUAAUAACACAUUUACUUUGCAACCUCAUAUCUCAAAAGAAGAUAUUAAUCAAAUCUAUGAAGAGUUUUUAUUAAAAAUUGUGAAUCAUUAUGAACAGAUUGAUGAAAAAAUCAUGACAGAACUUAGAGGUCAAUGUUCAUAUCGUGAAAUAGAACAAUUAUUCAAAGAAAUUACUUUAAUUAGAACAAUAUCUAUUAUUGAAUCAAGAACUAAUCAUACUUAUUAUAAGACAUUAGAACAUAUAUGUGGAUGUAUAAGAGAAUUAAGAAGAGAAAUUGAAGAUAUAUUAAAUGGAUUCUAUCGUAAUGAAAGAAAUAAUUAUAGUAGUCUUAUGAAAUGUCUAUCAAGUUUAAAAAAUGCAAAAUGGAUAGAAGAAUAUCGACUUGAAGUUUAUGCAGAUGUAAUCAAUAAUACUAAGGAACAAAUUCUUAAACAUAUAAAAGAAUUAGAAAAAACUGUUGAACAAACAGAUUUAGAUCUUGAUAAUUUUGAUAAAAUAGAGCGCAUUGAUAAUAUAGUAUCAGAAAUCAAUGAUAUGAGAGCUAUUGAAGAAAUUGUUCCAGAUAUAAAUCAACAUAUAGAGAAAAUUAAUACUCGAUAUAGAAAUGAAAUAGAUAAUGUAUUUACUAUUAUUACUGAUACAUUCGAUUUCGAAAAAUGGAAAACUCAAAAGGAUUCAAUAUUGGACUUUAGUAUAGCUGAAAAAGGAUUUCAAUAUUUGAAUGUUUGUAAAAGAAUACAUAUUUCGUUCAGAAAUAACUCUUCGGUUGUUAUCGAUAAAUUAAAAAAGUUUAUAAGAGAAUUUAGUACUGUUGUUCAAAAUGAUAUGAUACAAUGUUUUACAACUAUCAAACAAUAUGAAAGUGGAAAUAAAGAAGAACUAUUUGAUAAAGCUUUAAAAUUAGCAAGUCGUUUAGAAGAAAUUUCUGAAAUAAGAAAUAAGUAUCCUCAAGUUUUAUCUUAUUUUCAAAAUCAAAAUAUUCUUAGAGUAUGGGAAGAUGAUUUAGAACGUUAUCUAAAUGAUUUAUCAGGUGAAAUGACAUAUCUAAAUGUUGGAGAAAAUACUGAAGCUAUCAAUAAUAAACUAUUGAUUGCAAAAGCAUUAAGUAAAUUAGAUCGAUUUUUAAAAGGCAAAAAGUUUAACGAUAUUUAUUCUACAAAUCAGCAUCUAUUCUUCAAUACAACUAAUGAUCGUGGUAGACAACUUAUAGAAGAUAUCAACAAGUUUAAGUAUGAACAUUUUGGUAAUGACAUGAUAAAAUUACAGAGAUCGAAUGAAGUAGGACAACAUUUAUUUGUACAAACUAAACGAGUACUUAACCUUAGUUUAUAUAGUUUAAUGGAUGAUACAAAAACUCAAGCAAUAAUGCUUGGGAAUACUAUUGAAAUUCAAGCAAUUAAAUCGAUAGUAGAAAAUUUGAGACGAAUGCAAAAUGCAAAAAAAUUUAUAUCAGAAUUUGUUGAUAAACCAGAAGAAAUAGAUAAUUAUAUAGAAGAAGUUAAAAAAUUAAUUGAAGGACGAAUAAAAAACUUUUUAGGACAUAUUAAUGCUCUUAUUAAAACUAAUAAUUUCUAUGAAGCAGAUGAAAAAAUAAAUUCCAUUAAAUUAAUCAGUAAUUUAUUAGGUACAUUUCGUACACCAUAUAUUUGUGAACAGAUUGAACAAUUAGAUACAAAACAAGAUGAAACUGUAUCUAAUGUUGUAGUUAAAAAAUAUGUUGAAAUGGAUAUGAAUGAAUAUACUUUAAAUCCACCAAGAGAUAUAUUUGAUCAACUCGGAAAAGUUAGUGCUACAAAUUUUAGAUAUGUGCAAGCCUUAGAGGAAAUAAGAAGAGGUAUUUUGAUUAAAUUUAGAAAAGAAUUAGAUGAAGCUAAAAAACAAUUACCACCAAAUCCUGAUAAUAAUCAUAUAAGAAAAUUUGAAUCAGGAUUUAGAUAUUUACCAAAAGAUAUGCAAGAAACUCUUGAAAUAGAUCUACAACAUUGUAAAGAUGAAAUUAAAAAAACUAUUGAAAAUAAUGAUAGAGAUUUAAAGGAUGCAUGUGAAAGUAGAGAUCUCAAACGUAUUCGAACGGUUAUUCAAGGUUAUCAGCAGUUCGAAGGCAUGCAAUAUUAUGCAAACGAAGGUCGAAAAUAUGUUCUUAAACAAACAGAAGAAAUUGCUACAAAAAUAAAUGAAUAUUUGAAAGAAUAUAAGAUAAGAGAAGUAUUAGAUAAUAUUGAAACACUCUAUGCUUAUAAAAUUGAAUUAGAAAAUAUUGUCAAUAUUGAACAAUCAUAUUUGCAAGUACAAUCAAAAGUAAGAGAAUUCUUUCAAGAAAUAUGUCAAUGUUGUAUGAAAUAUUUUAUUAAUGAUAAAGAACAUUCACUAGCUGAUGAAAUGACUGGAGUAACAGAAAGAAAUGUUAUUUAUUUAAUGGAAUUUAUGAAAUUUCGAGAUAAAUUUAAAAAUCAAUCUAUUUUAAAGCAUAUGUUUUUAGAAGAUUUCAAUGAAAAACUUCUUCUUCUAAGCGAAAAUAUGAUAAAUUUUUUUAAUAACUUUCAACGAAAAUAUGACAAAGCUAGGAAAGAAAAAGAUUUUACAUCUCUUAAGGAUGUUUUAGAUGUUAUGAAUAGUUGGAAUAAUUCAUUAGUAAAAAUAAAAAAUUAUGAUGAUAUGUUAUAUAGUAAUGAUUCUUUAGUGACUACGAUUAUUACGUGUAUAAGAGGUUUAACAUCUUAUUCAACUAUGUUAGAAUCAAUAUCAAAAAUGAUUAAAGAAAUAAAAUCUACGUUGAUUGAUAGUAAAUUAAUCAAUGAAGAUAAAAAUGAAAUUGAAAAAUAUCGAGAUGAACGUUAUAAGAAAUUGAAUGAGCAAUUUUUGAUUUUGAAAAAAGCUAAAAUUUUUAGUAAUUCUCAUUUAAAUAUUGAUUUAAAUGACUUUGAACAACAAUGUUUAUCAUCAUUUGAAAAGAAAAUUAUAGAUAUUAUUUCUCAUAUUGAAUCUAUUUUAAAUCGUUUUUCAACAGAUAGUCAUUUAACAAAAAAUGAUUACAUUGAUUUUAAUAUAUACUAUCUUAAUUUGAUAUCGUUUCGACAAGAAAUGACAUCAAUAGAAUGUGGAAUAAGAGAUAAAAUAAUUAGAAUUGACAAGAUUGUUUUGGACAAAGUCGAUCAUUGGGCACAUUUAGCUGAGAAUAAUUUCACAGUUCAAAAUGUUACUAUUAUAUUAAUAAAUAUGAAACGUGUUUCAAUGGAUAUGCCUUCAUUUAAAACUAAAAUCAAUGAACGAAUAGAUGAAUUACUCAAUUAUUAUAAAAAUGUAAUAAAUGAUAAUAUGACUUUUACAAAGUUAGGUACACUUUUAAAUCAGGACAAAUCUGGUAUAGGUCAAACUAUUAUUUCAGAACAUAAAUUAUUUCAAGGUUAUUCUUUAUCUUUAUUUAAUGAAAAAAUUCGAAGACAUGGUAUUGCAUAUGUGCUAAAAAGUUUAGAUGGAGAUGAUAUUGAUGGAAAACAAUUAGAAAAACGAUAUGAUCAGUUUAAUCAAAUCUAUCAAGAAUUAAUUCGACAAAAUCUAAAACCUAAUAUGAAAUUAGAUAAAUUAAUAGAAAAUAUUAAAUUAAUAGCAGGAUACAUAAAACAGGAACCCAAUGAGAUAGAUUGGGACGCAGAUAUAAGGAGAAAAGUUCCAGAAUUAGUAGCACAUAUUUUUGCUUUAUGGACACUUAAAAAUGCUGAGCAUUAUUUUGAAGCUGAAGGUUCUGAUAAUCGAAAUAGUUAUCUUCUUCAGCCUCAUGCAGCUCAAGUUAUUUCAAUAUUUCGUAUGCUCGGUAUAGGUGAUAAGAAUGAAGAAUUAAAGAAUAAUUUAGUACAAAUAGGAACAGGUGAAGGAAAAUCCAUUACAUUAGGAGUUACAGCUUGUAUACUUGCACUACUUGGUUUUCAUGUACGUUGUGCAUGUUAUAGUCAAUAUUUAAGUCAAAGAGAUUAUCAAGCAUUUGUACCAUUAUUUGAUUCAUUAGGUUUAUUAAAUUAUAUACAUUAUGGUACUUUUAAUAAACUAUGUGAAGAUAUAAUUAAUGAUAAUGGUAAUAUACGUCAAGUAGUUGAACAGAUAAUAUCUAAAGAUUCUGAUAUUGGAUUAACAAAUACUCAAAAUAUAAAACGUGCUAAAAUAUUAUUAAUUGAUGAAGUUGAUGUUUUUUUUAGUCAAGAUUUUUAUGGUAAUGUUUAUACACCCGUUGCUACUUUACGACAUCCUAAUAUUACAGCAUUAGUUCAUUUGAUAUGGAAAGAAAGAAAAUCUAAAUUAAAUUUUAAUAGAUUAAAAACUACAAAUGAAUAUAAUGAAUGUUGUAUGAAAUUUCCAAAUUGGAAAUCUUUGCUUGAAGAAGCUAUGAAAGAUAUGCUUUUUGAUGUUAAUAAUUAUGAAUCACAUGGUUAUAUUGUUAAUCAGGAUAAAAUUGGAUAUAUAGAACAGGAUAAUAUUAUUUAUAACGUUGCUUAUGGUUAUAAAACUUUGUUUGCUUAUUUUCAUGAGCAUGAAAAAGGAAACAUUAGUAAAAGAAGUUUAGAAGAAAAUAUAUAUGUAAGAAUAAGAUGUGGUAGUUUUUCCUAUGCAGAAAUACCACUUGACUUUCAAUAUAUUAUGGGUGUCACAGGUACAUUAAAAACGUUAAGUGAUCCUGAAAGAAAAAUUAUAGAAAAUGUAUAUAAGAUUAGAAAAAAUACAUAUAUGCCAUCUGUAUUUGGUGAAAAUAAUCUUAAAUUUACCAUAAAAAAUGAUAUUAUGAUUGAAAAUGAAAAUGAUUAUUUUAAUGUUAUAAAACGAGAAAUUGACGAUAGAUUAGUUGGAAAAUUAUCAGGAAAACGUGCUAUUCUAGUAUUUUUUGAAACACAUCGAAAAUUAAAAGAAUUCUAUAAUUCAACAGCAUUAGGAUCAUUAAAAGAAUCAACUGUCUAUUUAACUGAAGAAGCAUCAUUAGAUGAAAAAGAAAUUUUAAUUAAACAAGCAACAACAUCAGGCCAAAUAACAUUAUUUACAAGAACGUUUGGUAGAGGAACAGAUUUUAUAUGUUACGAUCAAACUGUCGAUUCAAACGGCGGUACUCAUGUGAUUCAAACAUUUCUUUCAGAAGAAAUAUCAGAAGAAGUACAAAUAAAAGGUCGAACAGCAAGACAAGGUGAUCAUGGAUCUUAUAGUAUGGUUUUACUUGAUCGUGAUCUUGAGAAAUUUCAUAUAGAAAAAACUGAUAUUGAAGAUGUUAAAAAAGGUAAAGGAAUUCUUACUCGAAUUUCUGAUGUGCUUAAAAGUACAAAAACCUAUGAUAAUAUAUACGAACUACUUAAUGAGAGACGUAUUAGCCUAUUUAAAACACAGUAUGAUAUGAAUACAAAAUAUGUUGAAUAUGCUAAAGAAAAACAUAAAACUGCCAAAAAAUUUUUAUUAGAUCUUAUUUCUGGCAAAAUCGAUUCUGUAAAAAAAUUUUUAAUUGAGGAGAAUAAAGGCGUAGAAGGCUUAUACACUUCAAGAACCGUUUGUCUCAUGGAUGCAACAGGUUCAAUGCAUGAUUUGUUGCAUAAGUGUAAGAAUACAGUAGACAUUAUGUUUGAACGAGCUUCAAUGGUUUUGAAAGAGCAGAAUAUAAAAGCAGAUUCAUUUCAACUUCAGUUUGUUGUAUAUCGAAAUUAUAAUAGUGAAGAAGAUAAAAUUCUGCAAAGUUCUCCUUGGGAAACUAAACCAGAAAAUUUACGUGUUUUUAUGAAUACAAUUGAAGUUGACGGGGGUUGGGAUAAUGAAGCUGUUGAAAUUGGUUUAUGGCAUGCAAAUCAAGAAAAUGAAAGAGAAUAUAUUACACAAGUUAUUUUAAUAGGUGAUGCUCCUCCAAAUACGAAGAACGAAGUAACUGAGAAAAGAAAUCGUUUGAAGGAAAUAUAUUGGAAAGGUACUAAGUUUGCAAAACCUACGUAUUAUCAAGAUGAGUUAAAAAAACUAAAAGCACAUAGAAUUCCAGUACAUGCUUUUUUUGUUGAACAACGAGCCGAAACAGUUUUUAAACAGAUUGCCAAAGAAACAGGUGGACGUUAUGAAAUGUUAGAUAUAAAUUCUUCAGCAGGCUCAGAAAUGUUGACAGAUUUAGUAACUGAAGAGAUUCUAAGAAAUGUUGGAGGAGAUACAAGAGGAAAUGCUCUUGUUGAAGCAUAUAGAAAUAAAUUUCAAAAAGGUUAUACAUAG